AUGGGUUCAGGAGGAUCCAGUAUCGUGGUCCCUCGGAAUUUCCGAUUGCUAGAGGAGCUUGAACAUGGAGAAAAGGGGAUUGGAGAUGGUACAGUAAGUUAUGGAAUGGAUGAUGGAGACGACCUUUACAUGCGAUCCUGGACUGGCACCAUAAUAGGUCCUCAUAACUCUGUACAUGAAGGACGAAUAUAUCAGUUGAAGUUAUUCUGUGACAAAGAUUAUCCAGAGAAGCCACCAAGUGUUCGUUUCCAUUCUCGGAUUAACUUGACUUGCAUCAACCAUGAAACUGGAGUGGUGGAAUCAAAGAAGUUUCCACUUUUAGCAAAUUGGCAACGAGAGUACACAAUGGAAAACAUACUGACACAGCUGAAGAAAGAGAUGGCGGCUCCACACAACCUUAAGCUGGUUCAGCCUCCCGAAGGAACCUAUUUUUAG